AAUUCAUGGGGAGACGCCAUCUUCCAGUAAUUCAGCAAAAUGACAAACACAAAGGGAAAGAGGAGAGGCACCCGAUACAUGUUCUCUAGGCCUUUUAGAAAACAUGGAGUUGUUCCUUUGGCCACAUAUAUGCGAAUCUACAAGAAAGGUGAUAUUGUAGACAUCAAGGGAAUGGGUACUGUUCAAAAAGGCAUGCCACACAAAUGUUACCAUGGCAAAACUGGAAGAGUCUACAGUGUUACCCAGCAUGCUGUUGGCAUUGUUGUAAACAAACAAGUUAAGGGCAAGAUCCUCGCGAAGAGGAUUAAUGUUCGUAUUGAGCAUAUUAAGCACUCUAAGAGCCGAGAUAGCUUCCUGAAACGUGUGAAGGAAAAUGAUCAGAAAAAGAAGGAAGCCAAAGAGAAAGGUACCUGGGUUCAACUGAAGCGCCAACCUGCGCCACCCAGAGAAGCCCACUUUGUGAGAACUAACGGAAAGGAGCCUGAGCUCCUGGAACCCAUUCCCUAUGAAUUCAUGGCAUAAUAAACAUAUAACAUAGCAC